AGUUCGCUCAUACAUCUUCAACAUCUGCAUUAACAGAAAACGACUUCAACACGAAAUGGACAGACAUAGUGCAGGUUCUGAUAAGGCUUAAUUCUCAUCUUCAAAAAUGGUGUACCAAAUCUUCAAUUAGAACUGGACAAUAUGAAAACAGUCCCACUGGAUGAGGAAGCCGAAAAACGCUACCAGCAAGAGAUAGAUAAAUGGCAGCAGAUGGACAGUGCACAAACUAGAGCUAUAGAAAUCAUGGCAAACGAAAUAAAAGAUCUAAGUGCAAACAUUGAAACCCUCUCCGUAGAGAACAGGCAACAAUGGACAGAAAUGUUGGAUAAACAGGAUGAAGUUAUCAAGGAAGUAAAAAACGUUCCUCAAAACAAUUCAUCACAGAUGUAUUUUGAUGAUGCGAAAGGCAAAAUGGAAUAUUAUGUUAGAACCAAUAUUUACAAAGAAGCCAGCAAACAACUUCAAACAUCAGGAAUAGCUAUACUUAGUGGUCAUCCAGGAGAUGGAAAAACUGUAAUGGCGAACUGUCUGUUAAUGGAAAUGGCUAAUGAAAGUAAACUCUUAAGGUUAACUAGCCCGGAUGAUUGGAGAUUAGUAGAUUUUGAUGUUUACACUGCUGUGUUGAUUGACGAUAUAUUUGGAAAUGCUGUACUGGACGAAACUCUGUUAAAAAAGUGGCAACGUUUCCUUAGUGACAUACGAAUGGCAGCUAAUCAAAAAAAGUUGUCAUUUGUGAUAACUUCUCGCCAUUAUAUAAUGCAAGAAGCAAAAGAAAAACUACAUAAUCAAGCUGAUAUGUUCAAAGAGGAAAAUGUCACCAUUCUAUUUUCUUCCAGAUUAUCAUCCGAGGAGAAGUACAAAAUUCUGGAAUCACAUCUUAUAAAAAACGAAAGGGAAUUUGAAACGAAUUCAUACAUGUAUAAAUCAAUUGAAACACAGUGGAAAAGGGUUACCAGGACAUCAAACAAAGUGCUCACUGUUGGAUUUCCAGAAUGCGCGUCCAUGUUUGCAUCUUCAGAUAUUUUGUUCGACAAGGGUAUUGAAUUCUUUUCCUCCCCUCUCGAGUUUUUCCAAAAAUGUAUUCAAGACAUUUCCAAGGAUGAAGACGAAUUUAUGCCAUUGGUUCUCGUUUGGGUGAAGACACCAGGGAAAUUUGCGAUAAAAGAUUUCAAUAUUGGUGAUAACAGAAAACAAUUACAGAAGCUAGGAGAAAGAAUUUGGGUAUCCGUUUCAUAAGAAGGCA